AUGUUGAGUGGUUUUUUACGAAGAUAUGACAGGAUAAAUGGAUUAGAAGUAGUUUUUUUGAGGAAAAUUUCUCACGUUUCUGAAAGUGUUAUCCAUUCUUUAUUAAAUGGUAUAAAAGUAGCGAAUUCUAGGACUGAAUUUGACGAUUUAGUAAGAAAUGUAAAGUUACUAUCUGAAUACAAAUAUGAAGAUCAAAAUGAGGCAAGAUUUAGCCAAGGAUCCGCCUCUUUAGAAACAUCGAAACACCCUUCUUCCUCAAGGCCAGGGCUUCCGAUUAAGAGGGAUUCCGACGAUGAGAUUCAAGUUAGUGGAGAUAACGAGGUUAUAGUUUUAUAUUCUAUAUCGAACCUGGUACGUAAGAAGAAUGAUAGUCAGGAAUUAUGGAUCUUCCUCUCGGACUAUACCAUAAAAGUACUAGAGAAUUGGAAUUUUGGUCACGUGUACACUUUGUUGGAGAUGUUGAUAGGGUUUAAAUCGAGAAAUGAUCUAGUAAAUAAAAGGAUAGAUUUAAUUCUACACACGUUGUUGAAUAGAGUAAAUUCCAUCAUAGAGGAACAUUACUCCUCCGGUUCCGCGGAGAUUAUUAAUGUUCAUAAUUCCCCUCUUUAUGGAAAAUCAUCUACUAUAAACAAAAAUGUUGGGAAAUUACUGACUACUAAGCAAAUUAUUAGCUAUAAAGCCCUCUGGAAGUUAUGGUCCAGAUUGUCAUUUUGCAAGCAUUUGGACUCUAAAAUUACAAAGCAUCUCAUGCUAACAUUUAUGGAUAGUAACAAGGAUGAAAUAGACAAGUUUGAUCUGAUGGCAGUUGUAAGAACACUGGAUAUUUUAUUCAGCGAUCAAAAAUUGUUGAGCAAGGUAGAAGAAAGAUUGAUGCUCAAAUUUAUAAAACGCUUUUUAAAAAUAUACUCAUACACAAAGUGGAAUGAUGAUAACAAUCUUCAUAUUAAGAAUAACAAUAUUGAUAUCCAUCAAAUAAGAAGGUCCCUUUCCUUCCUUGCACAGGCUACACACGUGUUUCCUACAAAUUUAAUCACGCUCUUUACUUCAAAUUACUGUAAUCAUGGCUUCAAAAAUUUUUUGAAUGUAGCUCAUUCCGUAAUAAUCAAGUUUAGAAAUGCUUAUUUGAAUGUUAGUGCCAACCUUGAUAAUUCCGAGUCCCGUUUAGGUCAAAAUGACUACCAAAAAGAUGUUAAAAAUGCAUUGUAUUAUAACAAUAGCAAACUCUUUAUCAAAAUGUUUGGUAAUGUAAUAAUUUUGAUGAAAUAUUUGGAUUAUGUUCACAUUGUUAACUAUUCAGCAGUUGAAAAAUCGUAUUAUAUUUUCAAGAAUGAGAUCGCCAAACUAUCAAUGAUCUUCCUUCAAACCAUGAAAUUUAGCGAUCUGAUGAUAAAGCAGAGCAUGUGCAUAUAUUAUUUGCUUGUGACAGCCAUUUGUGACCAUUUUUCAAAGGCGGAUAGUGCAAUUCCACUCGCAUUAAUUGAAUGCGCACUUAAAGUCACAAGCGAAAUGGGUGCAUCUGCGCUUGUUUGUACCAACUCACUUGAAUCUCUACGAUUAUUAUCCCAUAUUGACAGAAUAGUCUCCCUGAGAAUUCGAACAUAUAUUCCAGCAUUGAAUGAAGUUGACUCGUUAUGUCUAAAAAAAAUGGAAGAACUUACAAAAGCCUUUUCCUUGCAAUAUUCAUACUUUUUAUCCACCAGUUUGGAUAAUCCAUCUUAUCGUAUCCUAUACGUUACGCUGAUGAAUAAGUAUGGUUUUUUUUCUCCAGAAAUUGGGUAUUCGUUUUUGAAGGCAUUAGACGGGAAUUUUGAAAAUUUAUCUAGCCAUGAGAUUGGAAUGCUUUGUGAUCUAUUUUUAAGAAUCCAUUUUCUAAUUUAUAGAGACAAUUCUGAAAUCUUAGAAUUAGUAAAAAUUAACAUAAGAUCUCUGGUGGAUAUGGUAAGUGAUAAAAAGAUCAAACUUAAAACUAGGAACCUAACUUCUUUAAUGCUGUGCAUGCAUACAUAUGGAAUACUUCCAAAAUGUGAUACAAUAAAGUCCAUCGUACUUCAAAGGAUAAAUCAUCUGAAUUUCAACAAUCUUGUUAAAAUCCUACCAAUCUCAAAUUAUUUUUGUAUAAAUGAGCACGUCGUUAGCGCACUACUAGGUUUAGGAAACGAAAUUGAAGAUCUAACUCCACUUGUUUCUCUUCUGGAGAGUAGAAACACUGAUAUUCUGAAGAUACUAGGGGAUUUAGAGAAUAUUAAAAUAGUUGAUGAAGAUUAUUUCUGGGGAUUGUAUGUGUCAAAAAAGAGAAAUCAGCAGAUUUUUUGCAGAUACUUCAGGGGUAGAUCUCUAGAUUGUACCCCAGUGAUAUCUUUAGAUGAUGCUACUAAGCUACUAAAGUUUUAUAUAGAUACCAAUGCAGAUAAGAGUAUUCCACUGUACUCAAAACUUCAAUUGUUAGUAUAA